AAGUUCACGGUUAGAUUUGUUUUGGUUGAAGUGACGUAAACACGUGCAAUUUAGACGACGGAAUUUGGACAUCCGAAGUCUACUCACAUUAGUUAUUAGCUCGAUCAGAUAUGGUGCAGAAAGCCGCAAAGUUUAAAAAGCGGUUCUACAAGCAGCCUGCUUCAACAGGGCCGAAAACUCUAGCGGAGGCAUCAUGGAAACAUGUGAAGCUAAGUGGCCCGGUGAUUUCUGAUGAUGGUGCGGAUUUGGAGGGUCUCAUUGGUUUGGAAGUUUUGGAGAAUUAUGACCGAAAACUGGUCACGAAAGACAAGAAAAAGAAGGUCAAAAAAGAUUCCACGCUACAGGAUAGCGAAUAUGAAUCUUCCGAGGAGCAGAAUCCCAAUCGCGAUUCAUUCGACAGUGACGACAGUAAUGACGAGCCACCUAAAACGAAGAGACAGAAAAAAUCAGACAAACAGAAGAAAUGUAAUAAACGGGUUGCAGAAGAUGAAAGCGAUAGUGAUUCCGAUCAUUUUUCGAAGAAUGGUAAACCAGGGACUAAGUCAAAAAAUAAAUCAAUUCAUAUCACUGACGACGAUGAUGAUUUUGAGAUGGAGGAACAAUCCACGCCGGGAAGGUUUGUCAUGCUUAAAACUCCUAUAGAUGAAAAAGGCAGCAACGACAAGAAAAGGAAGAAAAGAAAGCGCAAAGAAAAACCAACAAUUCCCCAAAGCAGCAAAACGAGUUGCUCUAGUACUGAGUAUUUUAGAUGGAUUGAAUUGGGAGUGUCGGAACCUAUUGUUCAUGCUUUAGCUGAUAAGGGUUUUCGCAUUCCCACCGAAAUACAAACACUAUCCUUGCCGGUGGCAAUUCUUGGAAAACGUGAUUUGCUUGGUGCAGCCGAAACCGGAAGUGGCAAAACACUGGCGUUCGGGAUACCUGUUUUGGAAGGAAUUAUGAAACUUAAAGAAAAAGGCACUUUUCAAAUCACCUCUAAAUCAAGGGACAAUCAUGCUAAUCAGGUCGAAUCUGAUGACCGUCAAGGUCAUGAAUUAACACCACCUCCAGAAGAGUUGGAAUACUAUCCAGAGAUAGAAAACGAUGUGUCCUUGCCAGUUGGUGAACACACCGAGAGCACAGAAGGACAACUCAACAAGCCAUUAUAUGCCUUAAUUUUGACUCCGACGCGUGAACUGGCGGUUCAGAUCAAUGAUCAUCUAAGGGCCGUAUGUAAAUAUACUGAUAUUCAAAUAGCUACCGUAUUCGGGGGACUGGCUACGGUUAAGCAAGAAAGGAUGCUCCGUAAAUGCCCAGACAUUGUAAUUGCCACCCCGGGCAGACUUUGGGAGCUUAUUCAGGCCAGAAAUCCACAUCUCUGUAAAGUUUGUGAUAUACGUUUUCUGGUUAUUGAUGAAACGGAUCGAAUGCUGGAAACGGGUCACUUCGAGGAGCUUAAGCAACUACUCGAAAUGAUCAAUCAAAACAAGGAAGCCGCGAAGCUCAGACGAAACUACAUAUUUUCAGCGACACUAACUUUGGAUCACGAUUUGCCCGAGCAUUUGGUCGCCAAAUCUAAGAAAAAUAAAAACCUCAAAAUCGUUAAACCCACAACUGGUCAGCGGCUUAAUAAUUUAAUCGAAACAAUCGGAAUGACCGAUCCAAAAGUGGUGGAUAUAACCCAACAGCAUGGAACCGCACAAAGCCUUACUGAAUCACGAAUUUUAUGCAAGGCUGAACACAAAGAUUACUAUCUAUAUUACUUCCUCCAAAGGCACCCGGGACGGACACUGGUUUUCUGCAAUUCGAUAGACUGCGUUAAACGACUGGUUUCACUUUUCGGCUAUCUGAACUGUGAUCCACUAAGUUUGUUCGGAAGUAUGCAACAAAGACAACGGCUGAAAAAUCUGGAGAAAUUCACACACAAUCCGGCCGCACUGUUGAUCGCAACGGAUGUUGCUGCCCGCGGAUUGGAUAUUCCCAACGUGGAUCACGUUAUUCACUACCAAGUCCCGAAGGCGACCGAAAAUUAUGUUCACAGAUCGGGAAGAACGGCUCGGGCAAGCAAGGAAGGUAUCACCGUUUUGCUAAUUGGCGCAAGUGAGGUGAAAGAUUACGUUAAGUUGAACCAGUCGCUGGGGAGGAAGGAGGAUUUGCCGUUGUAUCCAACGUCGGAACGAAUGAUGAAACAAGUGAAGGAUAGGGUUAACUUGGCAAGAGAUAUUGAGAGGAUGGACUUGCACCAGAGGAGAAAUAAUGAGAGUCAAAAUUGGGAAGAAAAAGUUGCAAAGGAAUUUCAGAGCGACUCGGAUAUAGAUAGCGAACAGGAGGAGGAGCGCCAGUUGAAGAAGGGUAGAGAAAAACGACAGAUGAAAGCGAGACGCUUGCAGUUGAGUAAACUGUUGGCCACGCCAUUGAUGGCUGAUCGCGUGGAAUUGAAGUUCCCUACGUCUGCUGUUGCCAUCAGUGUUCCUGCGGAGAAGGAAAACUCGGCGAUAAAAUUAGUCCAACAAGUCGCCGAGCAAAAUGUUCAGUUCAAGAAAGAACGAAACAAGAAAAAGAGAAAUAAUUAAUCAUUCAAUCAAUAUUUAUUUUAAGUAACCUGUACAUUACACUAGCCAGAAAUAAAAGUUUUUAUUUUCAGCAGGGCACAUUA